AUGCUCCUCGUCGCAAGCGCAGCAGUCUACGCAACGACUGCCGGUUACGACUCAGCACUCAUGAGCGGAAUCAACAUCAUUCCCUCCUAUACUGAGUUUCUCAACCUCAACACUACUACUCGUGCCUUGAACGUGUCUGCCAACUUUAUUGGAUGGGGCAUUGCAUCCCUGACCAUGGGUCCUGUCGUCAACGCAAUUGGUCGCAAGAACUCCAUUUUGGUAGCUCUCUUAACCAAGCUUUUCAGUAUUGGAUUGGUUGCUGGCUCUCAGAACUUUGCCAUGUUUCUUUCUGGCCGAAUCAUUCUGGGUGUGGCUUCUGGGCUUUCAAGCAUUGCUGGUUCCACUUGGCUCGCCGAGACUCUUCCACCCAAUAUUCGUGGACUAGGUCUAAGCAUUACCUUUUCCGUCUACUACGUCGGUGCCUUGAUCUCCGCAGGCAUUACCUAUCGCACUGCCGAAAUCCCCGGCGAAUGGUCCUGGCGCCUGCCUAUUCUCUUACAGAGCAUGUUUUCCCUGAUCUGCAUCUUCUGCCUCUUCCUGACUCCCGAAUCGCCUCGAUGGCUUUCCCACCAAGAUAUGAUGGAUGAAGCUCUCCAGGUCAUAGCAUCAAUUGCCGCCAAUGGAGACCAGUCAGACGAGGAGGUUCGUCAGCAGUAUCAGAGUGUGGUUGAGAGCAGAGAAAAAGAGCGAACUGAAGGCAAGACGGCCUCAUAUACUGAGCUGCUCAGGACUCGAUCUGCUCGAAGACGACUCAUGCUUGCGGUUUCGGUAGCUGUUAUCGUCAUGGCAAGCGGAAACAACAUUGCAUCGUUUUUCCUUGGUGACAUGCUCACGAACGCUGGUAUCACCAACAAGACCACGCAGCUCCAAAUUAACAUUGUACUGCAGUCUUGGUGCCUUGUCUGUGCAAUGAUUGGAACAUUUCUCAUGGACAGAGCUGGUCGAAAGACGCUCUGCCUCUCAGCUUGCGUCGGAAUGACCAUCUUGAUGUUUGUUAUCGGCGCACUGACAAAGACUUUCAGCACGAGUCAAGACCUCGCUGGGAUUUAUGGGACUGUCGCCUGUAUCUUCCUUUUUAUGGGCGCAUACAGUGUUGGCAUCACUCCCAUCACGCAACUGUACCCUCCAGAGGUUCUUAGCUACUCUAUCCGUACCAACGGAAUGGCUAUUUGGGCUGGAACGAUUGCGAUAUUCGCAAUUGGGACCACUCUUGUGUUCCCCAUUGCGCUGGAGGCUAUCUCCUGGCGUCUCUACUUCAUCAUUGGAGCUUGGGAUGUCCUUGAGACCAUUUUUGUUGCUGUAUUUUGGGUCGAGACAAAAGGUUUAUCUCUUGAGGAGAUUGAUGAGCUGUUUGAGGGAGUUGUCUACAACGGUCAUGGGGUUGCUGAGGUUCGUGAAGAUGGGGUCAUGACUAAGGACCAAGGCGGAAAGGAUCGAUCUGUCUCUAUUGCACGCUCGGACUCGGGGUAG